AUGGACGUGAACACAACCCCUCCUCCAAUACCAAGUCGUGCGCGGCAACAUGCUCGUCGAAAGUCACUGCAAGGUCCCUCGGCGCAUUCUUCCAACCGUGUACACGUGCAGCCAGCCUCACCAGAGGUGAUCUCGUCAUUAAUCACUUCCCUUUCAAUCAUAUCUUCUCCGGCGAACCAGCUCUUCGAAAAUACUGCGCAAUCUUCGCCUGCCUCCCCCGCUUCAACAAACGCGACCUUCCAAACAUUUGGUCAAUUGAACGGAAGUAAUGGUCCUCGGUCGUCGGGUGGAAGUUUUGGUAUAGAUUACGGCGCAUAUGAGCAACCAUCACUCCGCGACUUAAUUGCAGAAGAGUCUUUGGACGAACUUGCUGCGAGUCCUCCUGUCAUACGUACAGCCAAACCACCAUCCGGAUUUUCACCUCUUACAGCGCCACGAUCACCUCAAUCAAGCCCUCUAAAGACUUUCCUGCGAGGAACCUCAAGGCCAUCUUCGAAAGGGUCUACGGGUUCGAAAGAGAAAGACGAUGCAAGCAGCAUUGGCAAUCUCUCUAUCGAACCGGGAAUAGUUCCAGGUCCUGAAUUACGAAGAAAAAAAUCGAGUGACAGCUGGGGCAAGAAACAAGCAAGAAAUCAACGAGGGCUGAUGUACAUGAGUUCCAAAGAACGGUUACGGGAGAAGGAGCAGGAGCGGAAGAGAGCUAGUGUUGGAGCUGUGGGAGGAAAUACAAAAGGACUUGGUUUGGAUCGCAUUCCGCUACCGCAAUUCGACUCGGACUCAUUCAUGGCAGAAAAUGCGAUCGGAGAGGAGCCCGAGGAGUCAUCGCCAACUCGGCGCAAUGCCAAUUCGGGAUUACACAACGAGGACAAUGUAAGUCCAGCCCUCAGCACUGGUAGUCAGGGUGGUAUUGGAUCUGGCAGAUUUAUCCCAACUCGAGACUCAUCCCUACGAAAGCCUGCCACAACGCCCAAGAAGCGGACUUCUCAAAAACCGAACCGACAGAGCGGAAAACAGAAGGCAAAUGACGACGCCGAUGAUACAAUCCAUGAGCAUGACAAGCAACAGCAAGAUCGCAAACGCGAACGAAGCAAGAGGGAACACAAGCCCAGCGAAGCCACUUCUAAGAUGAUGGAGCCGUUGGAUAACUUAGAAAUGCCCACAGCAAAGACGACGACUUUGGCAAGCAAACAGGUUGCUGGAAGUGCUAAGGUUGAUCAGUUGCGCGUUAUGCAGGAUACCGAAGAAGGUGCUCCUUCACCAGCUGUCGCUCAGCGGAAAGCAAGACCAAGCCCAGAUCGAGGUAAUCGGUCGUCCAGCCAGAAGAGAAGAUCCGGCAAAGCUACCCCUGAACCGCUUGAGACUCCCCAAUCCAAACGAACUGGGUCACGACUGAAGCGGUUAUCUGCUCCAUUAAGUCCCAGGGCUAGCGACAGAGACUCGCAUCAACGAAGUAGCUCAAAUCCACUGUCAAGAGUUGGUUCACCCGAACCUACCAAGGCACCUCAAAUCCAUGUGGAUGACAGACCUACGAGUGCAGAUUCCAUCGAUGAUGCCGUGGAAGCAUAUCUUUGCUCUCCUCGAUUAUCGCAGAAAAUCAGACAUCCCCAGACGGGUAGAACUAUUUCAUUCUCUGAAGUCGGCGAUUCAGAGGGAUUCGCAGUUUUCUGUUGUGUUGGCAUGGGCCUGACAAGAUACAUCACAGCAUUCUAUGACGAGCUUGCCCUUACUCUGAAGCUGCGAUUGAUUACACCAGAUAGACCAGGUGUGGGGGAUAGUGAACCAUACAAUGAUGGAACUGCAACACCACUCAGUUGGCCAGAUGAUGUUUACGCAAUAUGCCAAACAUUGAAAAUCACAAAGUUCUCCAUUCUGGCUCACUCAGCUGGUGCCAUCUAUGCACUCGCAACUGCUCUUCGGAUGCCUCAGCAUAUCCGUGGUCGCAUCCAUCUACUUGCACCGUGGAUCCCCCCUUCUCAGAUGAGCGUCUUUGGUGCUCAAGUCGCCUCACCACCUACCAACUCAAUUCCGACGUCACAACGGAUUCUCAGAGCGCUUCCAACUCCCAUCCUGAAAGCCGCAAACUCAAGCUUCAUGAGCGCCACGAGUAGCUCGAUCACGAGCAGCCUACCAAAGUCUCAACGACGAGGUAAACGUAAGUCGACAACAGGGCGUGAUACCCCCGCCACUAGCGGAAGAAGCACUGUUACACCUGGUCUGGAUAAGGAGAAUCAUGGAAGAAACUCAACAAUAUACCCAGAUCCUUCCGAGGCCGGAGCUUUGGAACGAGCAGCUAAGGAUCCAAGUGAUCCGAAUAAUGAAGCCGCCAUUCUAGCCGCUGCUGCAAGCACCUUGGCCGAUAAGGAAAGACAGAUGACCUACGACACAAGGCUCACUCACGCCAUUUGGGAUCUGGCUACCUCCGGCGCGAACCCUGCAGUUGACCUACUGGUGUGUCUGGAAAGAAGGCAUACGAUCGGGUUCAGAUAUGUAGACAUCACUCGAGCUGUGGUCAUCCACCAUGGCAGCAAAGACACUAGAGUUCCUGUUGAGAAUGUCAGGUGGCUAGGCAAGACGAUGAGGAGAUGUGAAGUGCGAGUCCUCGAGGGUGAGGGGCAUGGACUCAUGGCUUCAGCUGCUGUCAUGGGUGGUGUCUUGAUGGAGAUAGCAAGAGAGUGGGAAGAUUGGAUGAAAGUGACAGGCUCAUCCGCAGGGUCAAAGAGUGAAGGGGGACGGCGAACAUUGAGGGAAAGAGCUAGCGUCAGUGCUUUUAGGUGA